AUGAGUUGGUUCCUGCUCUUCUCCGAAUGGUUCGUGGACUAUGCUCGUGGCACAUACUGGUACCUGUUUGGCAGGAGAAGUGGACUGUGCAGUGGAUCCAUUAGUUCUCCGGGACCACUAGAUUUAGACCAAAAGAAAAAGAAUAUGUGCUAACAACUAACACUCCAUCUUGUGUUACCUUCAGAAUUUGACGAGUUUGAAGUGCCCAAAAAUCUGGAUGUGAUCGUGAUCGGCAGUGGUGUCGGUGGCCUGACGGCUGCCGCAACUUUAGCCAAACUAGGAAAGAAAGUUCUGGUGUUGGAGCAAGAUGAGCAGGCUGGAGGUCUGUGUAAGACAUUCAGUGUGAAGGGCUUCGAGUUUGACUCUGGCUUCAAUUAUGUUGGGCAACUUCACGAGAACGGAUUCUUGAAGGUGGCAUUGGAUCUGAUCACUGACGGCCAGGUGCAUUUCGCUGAGCAGGACGCUGAUGUGGACACUGUAGUUAUUGGAAAAGGAAAAGAGAGAAAAGAAUACACAAUUUACAGCGGCAAGAGACAGAUGGAAGAUGAUGAAAAAGAAAACGCAUACGGAGUGACCGUAAAGACAGACGGAGAAGUUGAAAUUAAGGCUCCAGUGAUUGUUUCAAAUGCUGGAAUGUUCAACACCUUCAGGAAACUUCUGCCUCCAGAGGUCCAGGCUCAUCCUGGCAUUCAGAAUUAUGUUCAUACUCUGAAACCAGGCAAAGCAUUUUUCCAGGUGUUUGCAGGUUUUAAUGGCACUGAGGAAGAUUUGGGCAUCUCAUCCACCAACAUGCGACUCUUUAAGACAAACAACAUGGAUGAAGUGUUGGAAGAGUACUUUGAUUUAGACAAGGAGGAUGCACCUGAUAAUAUUCCCAUGAUGUACAUGUCCUUCCCUUCUGCUAGAGAUCCCACCUCAUGCACUCGCUUCCCAGGACAGUCACGUAUGGUGAUUCAUACAAUGGUCAAUCCAAAGUGGUUUGGAAAAUGGAACAACAUGGCUGAGAUGGACAGAGGAGAAGAAUAUGAAAAGUACAAGAUGAGAUUUGCCAACCAUCUCUUUGACUGGGCUUGUGUUCACUUCCCCAAGCUGAGAGAGAAGUUGCUGCUGAUGAUGCAUGCAGUCAGUCCCAUCAACAUGCAUGGACUUGGUGCCACAAAUGGAUCCAUGCUGUCUGCAGAGCACAGUCUGGAGAGAUACCAGCUGCUGAACAUCGCCAAGAUCAGAUGCAACACACCGAUCAAGAACCCCUACCUGUCAGGACAAGAUAUUUUCUCCGCUGGUUUGCAAGGUGGUCUUCUCUGCGCUUCAUCGGUUCUGGAUCACUGCCUGUACAUUGACCUUCUGCUCCAGCAAAAAAAGCUAAAAAACAGGGCAGCCAAGAAACUACAGUGAGGCUAGGUUGACCAACCUUUGUUCCACAUGUCAAUCAACGUGUCCCAUUCAGUCCAUGUGAUAAUACUGUAGAAAUGAGUAUUACAAAUGUAAGCAGUAGUUUUACAGUAAGUUUAGAUUUCUACAAUUUUACGACUGUUCGGAAGAUUUAAUUUAAGUUUUGAUGCCAUUUUAUAUGCGUUUUUGUACACUUCAUAUUCCCUGUUAUAUCUGCCAUACCAACUACCAAUAAAACUGUGAA